UGCAUGCUCUGGUUGGUCAAAAGUAUCGGGUGUCACCAGCUGUGAGGGGCUGGUAUAAAGGACAGAGCUGCUAGCGCUCAACCAGAAUAGAUAUUGGCAUUUCACAGGCGGCAGCAUACACUAAAGAGCCAGACUCUGCCCUUCGUUUUUAUAACUUGUUGAAACAGACAGAGAGAGUAACCUUGUACUUCUCUCUCAGUGGAAAUUAGGAAACUUUUUGGUCUAGCUGCAGGCAGAGACUUUUUCCAUUAUGGACGUCCAGAGGACAGGAUCCGUGGUUCGGCCCCCCAGCCCCAUGGACAGCCUUGAGAAGCAGCUGAGCUGCCCCAUCUGCCUGGAAAUGUUCACCAAACCUGUGGUCAUCCUACCCUGCCAGCACAACUUGUGCCGUAGUUGUGCCAGUGACCUCUAUGAUUCACGCAACCCAUACCGCUUUUCUGGUGGUGUCUUUCGCUGUCCUACGUGCCGGUUUGAGGUCGUGCUUGACCGCCAUGGUGUGCAUGGGCUCCAGCGCAACCUGUUGGUUGAAAAUAUCAUCGACCUCUAUAAGCAGCAGCAAGAAGUUAGUGGCAGCGGAAGCACAGAAACCUCACUGAAGCCUAAAGAUUCUAAAGAACCGAUGUGCCAAGAACAUGAAGACGAGAGAAUUAACAUCUAUUGCACUACCUGCCAAGUACCCACUUGCUCCAUGUGCAAAGUUUUUGGGCAGCACAAGGACUGUGAAGUGUCACCUCUAGCAACUGUUUACCAGUCCCAGAAGGGCGAACUGAGUAAUGCUAUUGAUUCCCUGGUGGCCAGCAAUGGGCGCUUGCAGGCUCUGCUCAACCAGAUGGAAGAAGCCUGCCGUUCUGUACAGGAGAAUGCUCAGUGUGUUAAACAAGGCCUAGCUGAACGCUUUGACCUAUUAUAUGCUGUCCUGGAAGAACGCAAAACCAUACUACUAGAGCAGGUCGCUAAAGAGCAAGAUGAAAAGGUGGCAGCUCUGCGAGCACUGGCUCAACGUUACGGCGAACGCCUGCAAGCUAGUUCUGAGCUGACGGAUUCUGCUGUGAGAGCAUUGGAGCAGGGUGGUGCUGCUGAGUUUCUGUUAACCGCCAAGGGCCUCAUCUCACAGACCAAAGACGCAGCUAAAUGUGCAAUGGGGGAAGAGAGACCGGAGCCAGGCUUUGAGAAGAUGGACCACUUCACUUUGUCAACCGAGAAUGUUGAAGCAGUCCUCGCAAAAAUGGACUUUGGAUUGGGUGAUGAGGAUGAAUUUGAGGAUGCAGAGGAGGAGGAGGAAGAGGAAGAAGAGGAGGAGGAAGAAGAAGAAGAAGAGGAGGAGGAAGAAUAAUGAAAAUUGUAGUGGUUAUGGUCUAGUAGAUACUACUGUAAUACGUGCAUUUGAAUAUUUUUUUUUAACAAGAAAAAGUAUGGCAGGGACUCUUUGAAUUUUGAUGUCAAAGAACUAUAAGGUUAAGGUGGAUGUGGGCUAGACAAGCUUGCCCUUACUUUCUGUGCAAUAUUUAAUUUCAAUGUCGUAUUCAUACCUUUCCUGAAUGAACGUUUUAUACUUUUGUACUUCUGAACCAGCUAAAUGCUGGUGUUAAGUAGAAAAAUAGAUCUGUAAAAUAAAUGUAAAUAAAAUGUCUAAGAUUGUCAACACAGUUUUAUUCAUAUGUAGCUUAUGGAAGUAGUUCUUUUGCAUUUUCUCACUUUGUCCAAGUUGACCUACAUGUAAUCACCAAAUUGAUCUUCAAUUGAACCUGAAAUAAAGCUGCAUGAAAUUAAUUAUGGACUUGUUUUAUUCCCAAUUCUAAACUUAAGAGUUUUAUAUUCAGAUCAAAUUCAAGAAGUAUAUAGAGGAAGAACAAUUUAACAAACCCAGUAUAAUAUAUAUAUAUAUAUAGUAGUAUAGAUCUUUCUUGGAGCACACCCAUCAAAAUGUCUCUUCAGCCUGUUGCUGCUCUUACUUGGCAAUAGACUGUAUUCAAAAAUAAAAGCCCUUGCCAUGUCCUGUCUGCUUUGCCUUUGCUGGUGAAAAGUGGGGUCUAUUUUUAAGAGGUGAGAGGGUGAGAAAUGAUAGCGGCCCUGGAAUAGACUGUCAGGGAGGACAAGCCAGGUCCUGUUUCUCCUCCAUAAAAACUCCCGUCCUCCCACUUAGGCGUCUUGGUCAGCAGCUCCAACCCAA